UAUUUCAUUCCGGUAGCUUUGCUUCAGCGAGAAUUCCUGGCUGAGUGCAGUGGGCCAUCAAAACAAAAACAGCACUCACACACAUAAGUAGCCAAUGUCAGUGGGAGCUAACGUUACUGUCCUUAGAUAUCAGUUUUCUGUUUCACCAUGUUACUGAGGUCAUGUUGCAUUUACAGCAUCGGAGUUUUUUCUAUACUACUUCUGAUCUCGGGUAUUGCUUUGGUCUUAUCUAACGUGUUUCCACAUUUCGUACAGUCGGUGGUUGAGAAGGAGGUAGUUUUGAAGAAUGGCACAGAGGCAUUUGAGGCCUGGGAGAAUCCACCGGCCCCUAUUUACAUGCAGUUUUACUUCUUUAAUCUGACCAACCCCAUGGAGGUGCUGGAUGGGGAUCGGCCUGCUGUGAUUGAGAUUGGACCAUAUACAUACAGAGAGUACCGGCCUAUGGAGCAAGUGGACUUCCAGGAUAAUGGUACUAAAGUAGCAGCUGUCAACACUAAGACCUACAUAUUCCAGCGUAACAUGUCCCGAGGUCCAGAGAGUGACCUCAUCAGGACGGUCAACAUCCCUGCAAUGACGGUGAUGGAGCAAUUCAAGGACCAUGCUAUCAUCGCCAAUCUGAUCUCCUCCUACAUGAAGGGCACUGGGGAAGGCCUGUUUACCACCCACACAGUGGGAGAGCUGCUGUGGGGUUAUGAAGACGGCCUGCUCAAAGCCCUCAAAACUUUAAAACCCGAGCUGGAUGAUGUUUUCGGACUCUUCUAUAAGACCAAUGCUUCCAACGAUGGUGAUUAUGUCUUCUUCACUGGACAGCAAAACUACAAGGACUUUUCCAGAGUGGAUACAUGGAACAGUAAAAGCACGCUGAAUUGGUGGUCAUCUGAUGAGUGCAAUAUGAUCAAUGGAACCAACGGAGCAUUUUUCCAUCCAGUCAUCACCAAGAAUGAGACACUCUACAUGUUCUCCUCUGACCUGUGCAGGUCUCUGUACGCUCUGUAUGAGGAGGAUGUGACAGUGAAGGGGAUCCCUGGGUAUCUCUUCAGUCCCCCCAGCAAGGUGUUUGCCAAUCAUACCGUGAACCCAGCCAAUGCAGGCUUCUGUGUCCCUGCUGGAAAUUGCCUGGGCUCUGGCGUACUGAAUGUCAGCCUAUGUAAACAAGGAGCUCCCAUCAUAAUGUCUCCACCACACUUCUACCAGGCAGAUGAGAAAUUUGUUCAGGAUGUAUUUGGCAUGAGGCCUAAGAAGGAGGAGCACCAGACUACGAUUGUUAUCAAUCCGCUGACAGGAAUUACCCUGCAAGCAGCAAAGCGGCUCCAGGUCAACGUGUACGUCGAGAAAAUUCCCACCUUCAGUCAAACAGGAAAUGUGAGGACAGUGAUCCUUCCUGUGGUUUAUAUCAAUGAGAGCGUUGUCAUUGACGACGCGUCAGCCAGGAAGCUGAAGGCGAUUGUUGUCAAGCAGAAUGUCGUGGCGAACAUUCCGUUCAUGCUGAUUGGUCUAGGCAUCGUUCUGGGAGGAGUCUUCAUGUUCCUGAUGUGUCGACAGAAGGUCCCCAACAGCACUACAGAUGAACAACAGCCCCUGCUCUCAUCAUAGCACCAAACAGUAUGUAAAAGGAGGAGGAUUGCCAUAUUUGCAGUAUAAUUCCACAUUUCAUUGGAACUGAAGUUUUUUACCAUUAAUCCCCAAGUAAUAGUUUGCAUUAAUAACCACAAUUCCACCUUUUAAUCAGUUUUUUUAAUCUAAUGGUUUUAGGAAACAAAGUGAAGAGGUUUGUUACAGGGUUGGGGUUAAUGUCAUUCAGUUACAAGUCAGUUGUAAGGAUGCUGAAAUCCCUUUUUUUUUUAAAUUAAAUAUUUCUCUUUUUUACUGCUAAAUAUGGAGUAUUGGAUUGAAACAACGUGAAUUGAGUAAUUUAAAUCUCCUACACAAUCUAAUUCAAAUUGUCUGGAGAGUUAGCUCUGAACUAAUCAAACCACCAGGAAUUUAAGUAAAAAUAUACUGUAUCAUUAUUUGGCCAUGUCCCUUAAGUGUGUGUGUGUGUGUGUGUGUGUGUGUGUGUGUGUGUGUGUGUGUGUGUGUGUGUUCAUAAAAUGAAUGGCUACAGAACUAAAAUAGUGAUGAAGGAACACUGUCAGUGUUUGUUUUUAGAAAUUGGCCAAUAAUCCAUUUUUAGCAUGGUGUGGUCAGAUUGUUGAGGCAUCAGUAAGAAGAACUGCUGUUUUAAUGUAAGACAAAUAUCCUUCAUUUUUUCACAUCAACAUUUUACAUUUUUGUAUUGUCCCAAAGUCAAUAACAAAGUCAAACUGUGCAAAACGACUGCCGGCAUAAUGUUUUAUUCAUUUUUAAGAUUAUUUUUACAUUUUUAGGCCUUUAUUUGACAUGACAGCUGAAUAAAUGAAAGGGGGGAGAGAAGGGGGAAUAACAAGCAGCAAAGGGCCGCAGGUCAGAGUCGAACCCGGGCCCGCUGCGUCGAGGAGUAAACCUCUAUAUAUGAGCGCCCACUCUACCAACUGAACUAUCCGUUUUAUUCUUUAUGUCAUGAAUCUAUAGUGAACUCUGCUUCCUUUAAAAACCAUGUGUGUAACCUUCAGUGGAAAUCAAGUAAUCCACGAUAUAUGUAAAUAAUAUAAUGUGGAAUCACAUCCAAAUAGUAUUAAUUCAACAAUAGCAGUAUAAAGGUAAGGUUUUUGCCGAGUGCGCAGUACGAUGUCUUGUCCCAUGAUGGUGUGAAGCGCUGUGCAAUGUUUUCUUUUCACUAAUUCCAAUUAGACAUGAAUGUGUGAUUUUGAGUUUUUCUACUGAUAUUAUGCUAAAAUCAGUGUAUGAAACAGCGUUAUGCUAGUGACACUACUGAUACAUAUUUUGCCAAAUAGAAAAUUAUUAAAUGUUUUUCCUUUUAACCACUAGGAAUUGCACAUUAUUUUUAUGGAUAAAUUCUGCACUUCUAAACAGCAUUUUAUCAGAUUAUUUUAACUUCAUUUGAAGUUUGACAAGAUUUUCUGUCCAGAACUACGUAGAAUGUCACUAUAAUGUGUAAUUUGUUAGUUGAAUAACCACUGUUUCACACACAUCACUGACAGGCUGUCUUGUGUUCAUUUUGUUUUGGUCUUAUAUAUAUAUAUAUUAUAUAUCAGAGAUUAUUGUUUACACUACUACUCCUACAUAGUAAAAUCAAUAUGUAAUCACUGUUAACGUAUUUUCAAUAGGUCGCAUAUCUAACAUAUGCACAUUGUCUUGUCAUUUGCUACAACUUUAAUAAACCUGGUGUGCUUCACAUUCUCUCUA